AAAAUACAUUCCACCAAGAAACACUAUUAUUAUUAUUGUUGUUAAAUUGUGAGUGUGGUGGUGAACUGUCACGUAGCUAAAAUCGCGCCCUCUAGUGUUGAACAUGCGCAAGUGCUUGGCAGCCAUAGCUGCGUCCCAGCUGGGUGCUGUCCUCUCUCACAAGGGAAAGACGACAGUAAGUUAUUGGCCGGAUCGUGAAGAAUAAUCAUCAAUACUCGAAUCUAUAUUCGAGGUCAAGGGAAUCUUUCAAUUUUCCAGCAUGUCGGACAAACUGGAGCUGAAAGCAGAGCUGGAGAGGAAGAAGCUUCGUCUCGCGCAGAUCAGAGAAGAAAAGAAGAGAAAAGAAGAGGAGCGCAAGAAGAAAGAGAGUGGCGGACGACGUGAAGGCGGGUCGCCAGCACGUGGUGGCUCUGAUCUGGAGAGGAAGAGGAGAGAGGCAGAGGCUCUCCUGCAGAGUAUCACGAACCCUGCCAGUGUACCCCCCCCCAUGUCCCCCUCCGCACCGAGUGAAAGCGGCAGCCAAGACUCUGGAGAUGGAGCAGUAGGAGCAAGACAUGGGACUGUCAGUCUUGGAAUGGCUAAAGUGACGCAGGUGGACUUCCCUCCCAGAGAGCUGGUGUCUUAUUGUAAAGAGACCCAGACCGCCACCCCCAUGCUGUCUAAAGUUGAAGAUGAUAAUGAUGAAGUUGAUUUAGCUGUGAUGCAGUCUGGUCAGGAGCCUCUGGAGGGGAACGACGCUCCCAUGGAGGAAGAGGAAGUGCCCCUUCUGGAGCUCACACAGGAGGAGAAGCAGCAGAUUCUGCACUCUGAACAGUUCCUGAUGUUUUUUGGCCAUAGUUCUCGCAUGAUAGAGCGUGCUCUGUCUGAGCAGGUGGAUGUUUGCUUUGACUACAGUGGACGGGACCUGCAAGACAGAGAGGGAGAGACUCAGGCAGGGACCAAGCUGUCUCUGAACAGGCAGUUUUCAGACGAGCGCUGGUGCAGACACAGAGUGAUCACCUGUCUGGACUGGUCUUCACAGCACCCUGAGCUGCUGGUGGCAUCGUAUAACAGUAACGAGGAGGCUCCUCACGAGCCUGACGGUGUUGCUCUGGUAUGGAACAUGAAGUACAAGAAGACCACACCUGAGUACGUCUUCCACUGCCAGUCGGCGGUGAUGUCAGCAGCGUUUGCACAGUUCCAUCCCAACCUGGUUGUCGGAGGAACAUACUCAGGACAAAUCGUUCUGUGGGACAACCGCAGUAACAAGCAUACACCAGUACAGAGGACGCCACUGUCUGCUUCCGCACACACGCAUCCGGUGUACUGUGUGAAUGUGGUGGGGACUCAGAACGCCAACAACCUUAUCAGCCUUUCCACCGACGGCAGGAUGUGCAGCUGGAGUCUGGACAUGUUGUCUGCGCCACAGGAUAGCCUGGAGCUGGUGUUUAAACAGUCUAAGCCAGUGGCUGUUACCUCCAUGUCUUUUCCUCUGGGUGAUGUCAAUAACUUUGUGGUGGGCAGUGAGGAUGGAACUGUCUACACAGCAUGCAGACAUGGGAGUAAAGCAGGUAUCGGGGAGAUGUUUGAAGGUCACCAGGGUCCAGUAACAGGUCUCAGCUGUCACUGUGCUGCAGGUCCAGUCGAUUUCUCUCAUCUGUUCGUGACCUCCUCCUUUGACUGGACUGUGAAGUUGUGGAGCACCAGGAACAUUAAGCCUCUCUACUCCUUUGAAGACAACUCUGACUAUGUAUAUGAUGUCAUGUGGUCACCUGUCCACCCUGCCCUGUUUGCCUGUGUGGAUGGAGUUGGACACCUUGACCUGUGGAACCUCAACAGUGAGACUGAGGUUCCAAUAGCAACAGUUACCGUGGAGGGAUACCCGGCCUUGAAUCGCGUCCGGUGGGCCAGUUCCGGCAGAGAGGUUGCCGUUGGCGACUCGGAGGGGCGGGUACACAUCUAUGAUGUAGGAGAGAUUGGCAUUCCACGGCAGGAUGAGUGGAGCCGUUUUGUACAGACGCUCUAUGAACUCGGUGAGCACCAGGAAGAUGCAGAGGAGCUGGCAACCCAGCCACUGUCUGCCUGAUCCCUCGUGAACCUGUGAGGUGGAGUAAUGCAGGAGGCUGGUGGCUCAGGAGCUUCCUGACUGCAGCCCUGGAGCGACGAUCUCCAGUUCCCUCAGCACACCAACACACGUCCCUGUGAUAACACACCGAUAGAGAUGCUGGGGGAAGCCACUUUUGAGCUUUUAUUACCCAGAUAUGGUUAAUUACAACUAGAUAAACAUUACAUAGGACAUGUAGGAAGGUAGUGGUAUAAUUAGCAAAUUUAGUUAACUAAUUAUGUAGGCUAUGAAGAGGGUAAUGGUGUAAUUAGCUAAUUUAAUUAAUUAGUGCCGCUUCUAUUUGGAGGGAGGACAGGAGGGUCUAAGGUCAUUAGGAGACCUACAGAUGACACUAAUAACCUUUAUAAAGUCGAGUUUUCUAAGAAGCCUGUUAUUGUGGGUGGGGUUUGUAUUCUGCAAUAUCGGAUUUGACUAAUUUUCUUUACUGAACUCUUACAGAAUAACAGUUGACUACACGUGCUGUCAGAGGCAGCUUUUAAAUGAACAACUGGUGGAAAAUCGAGUCUCUUUAUGACUCCAACACCAGGGGUAAAAGUCUUACCCUCAGGUCCUAACAGUAAACCCCCCCACCCCCAAACCUUUGAAUAUGGAUGCAAACGCUUCCACCACAUUCCAUUGUUUCUAGUAAAAAUAUUUCAAACACCCUGAAAUCACUUCUACAAGAAGACCAAACCCAAUUGUGUGUCCAUGAGUGUCCAGUUCACACUGGACCAGUUCUCUUGCUUUUUUAAAACGUUUUCUGCAUCCAAAACACGUGUGUUCUGUGUACCAUGUUAUGAGUUUUAAAACACUUUAUUGUAUUUAAGCAAAGUAUCUAGUUUGAUUUUUUCCUCCCCACAUGAUCAUUGGAAAUGUAUUCACCUAAAAGACAAAACUAUAAAUUAUGUAUUUUUUUCUGAUUGUUUAUGUCCAACACUGGCACUUUUAAAUAUUUGCUACUAACAUGAAUUGUGGAUGCAUGUGCAUGUUUACUACUAACGAAGGUUUCCUCCUUAAACUAGAACCACUUCAAAACUAAGAGGGUUUACCAACACUCCUAUAUCACCAUAUAUCAAAAAAUGUCAGAAAUUGGGAAUUUUUGCUGAUGAAAUUUAAGAAAUGACCUGCUCAACUCCAUCAUCGUAAAAGCUGCAUACAUGCCCACAAUUCAUAAAACCUUUUUCACGGUUGGAAUUGGAAUAUAACCUGGUAUUGUAAAUAAUAAACAUCUCACUCCAAUUUUAAAAUGUAUGAUUUAUUUCCAUAAAAUACAAGAAUGAAAUGCAUUUAAAUUAUUUUCUAAAAGAGAAGGGCUAUUGCAUGCGUACGGACUCCAUAACAGUAGCAAACGAAAAUAAGUAUGAGAAAGAAAUGAAGAUUGAGCAUGUCACGCAUGCAGGGUGAACUCUGAAUGGAAGAGAAAAAUCG